CGUACAGGACCGUAUACCUAAUAACACGAUAAUAACAUUUUUACGUGAAUGGUUUGAAACCAGCCGCGCAAAGUUAGUCUCUUUUCUUUGUGGGCGUCGUCAUUUCGUUCGUAAACCGCGGCUGUCUUGCUUGUUUUUGAACAGUCAAAAUGAGCGAUGAGGACGACUUUCUGCAGAAAGCAAGAACGGCAUUUGAAGAUCUCUGCCGAGCCCUGAAUAUGGACGAGGACGCGAGCAGCGAGGCAUGGAAGAGCUACGAAAACAUAAGCCGAAAUUUCACACUGGAGGGUAGUGAGCUGCACUGGCUGGCAUGUGCUCUCUAUGUGGCCUGUAGGUCUUCAGUGCCAACUGUUGGCAAGGGCACAGCGGAGGGGAACUACGUGUCAUUGACCAGAAUCCUACGCUGCUCAGAGCAGAGCCUGAUUGAGUUUUUCAGUAAGAUGAAAAAGUGGCAGGACAUGGCCAACCUGCCCCAGGACUUCCGCCAAAGCACUGAGAAGCUGGAGAGGAAUUUCACCGUGUCGGCCGUCAUCUUCAAGAAGUACGUGCCCAUCUUCAAAGCCAUCUUCAAGGCCCCCUCAGAGGAGCCACCCCGGGUUCACCGCAGCCGCAAACAGAGAAGACAUCCAUGCACUGUGUCUGAGGUCUUCAACUUCUGCUGGAUUCUCUUCGUCCAUGCUAAAGGUAACUUCCCUAUGAUCAGCGAUGACCUGGUCAACUCAUACCAUCUGCUGCUCUGUGCCCUUGACCUAGUCUUCACCAAUGCUCUCUUGUGCAACGCCAGGAAGGACCUGCUGAACCCAACCUUCAAAGGCCUGCCAGAAGACUUCAGUAGUAAGGACUUCAAGCUGGCCCCAGGCCCCUACUGCUUCAUUGAGCAGCUGUGUGAACUCCAUGACGGUCUGGUCCUGGAGGCAAAGGGAGUCAAGGAGCACUUUUGGAAGCCUUUUAUCAAGCGACUCUUCCAUAAGAGGAUUUUCAAAGGAAAAGAGGACAGUCUGACUGGCUUCCUGGAUCCUAUGAACUUUGGAGACAGUUUUGCCUCUCUGAGCCGUGCGUAUGAGGAGCACAUCCUGGCGACUGGCAGCCUGGAUGAGAGGAUCUUCACUGGGGAGGGGGCCAACGAGGACAUCGGUACCCUAGGGCCCUGCCUGUGUGAGGGGUCAGAGAACCAGGACACGUCAGCCUACAGGCUGCACAGUAACCUCACUGCCUCGGCCCUGAAGGUGUCCACUCCUCUGACGGGCAGGAAGUAUGUGCAGGACAACAGCCUGGCAUCUCCGGUCUCCACCGCCAUGCAGAGUGUCGGGCGCCUCCACAGUCUGCUGAUGGGGGUCAAACACGGACCCAGCACCAGUCUCGCUGAAAUACUCAGUGCAUGUGCCAGAGACCCCAGCGAGGCCAUCUCCUGUAGACUCACAGAAAUGUUCCACCAGUUCAGUCAGCACUACGAGGACCACGGAGAGGAGAACAGGGGGAUAGGAAGAGACAUGGUGGCGAAGUAUUUUCGCCUGGCGGAGGCGCUGUACUACAAGAUUCUUGAGGCCAUUAUUGAACGAGAGAAGAAGAUACUGGGCAAUUCCGACCUUUCAGGUAUUCUAGAGCAGGACAUGUUUCACCGGUCCCUGCUGGUGUGUUGUCUGGAGAUCGUCAUCUUCUCCUACCGGCCUCCAGGAGACUUCCCCACUGUGAUCCAGAUCUUCCAGCUCCCCGCCUACCACUUCUACAAGGUGAUUGAGGUCCUGGUACGGGCAGAGCAGGGUCUGUUCCGGGAGGUAGUGAAACACCUGAACCAGGUGGAGGAGCAGGUGCUGGAGAGCCUGGCCUGGACCAGCAACUCCCCUCUCUGGGAAAGUCUCUGUGGGACCAAGGACCAUGUCCCCACCUGCCAGGAGGUGAUGCCUCCCCAGUAUCUGGAGGAGAAUGAUGGUACAGGCAGCGCCCCCAACACACCCGUCAGCCACGGGCCUGACCUCAUCACCAACAGUGCAGACAAAGGCGUGUCCCCCUCUCCCACUACCCUUUUGGAUCGCUACAGUUCUCCGCCUACUGGUCCAGCUCGGCGGCGCCUCUUCGUCGACCCAGUGGACAACACCAGCAGCCCUGACCAUUGUGUCACCCCCACCAGCAACUCUGUCAGCCCUAUAGUCCCCACCCUGGCCCGGAGUGGCCAGGCCAACUUGGUCGCCUCCAUCCCAGCCGGACAGACGGUGGUCACCAUGGCAACUGCCACUGUUACCGCCAACAAUGGCCAGACGGUCACCAUACCUGUGCAAGGAAUAGCCAAUGAAAGUGGAGGUAUCACUUUUAUCCCAGUCCAAGUGAGCGUGACCGGACAAGGCGGAGCCACGCUGCAGCCCAUCUCAGCUCAGACUCUGACUGGCACCCUCACAGCCCAGUCAGCCAUCACCAAGCCAGUCAGCAAGCAGCUUAAUAGUCCACUGAGAAAAGGCUCCCUCUCUCUGUUCUUCAGAAAGGUGUACCACGUGGCCAGCGUGCGUCUGAGGGACCUGUGUGCCAAGCUGGACAUCUCGUCGGAGCUGCGGAGGAAGAUCUGGACGUGUUUCGAGUACUCCCUGGUUCACUGCACCGACCUGAUGAGGGACCGUCACCUCGACCAGCUGCUCAUGUGCGCCGUCUACGUCAUGACCAAGGUGACCAAAGAGGACAAGUCCUUCCAGAACAUUAUGAAAUGUUACCGUACCCAGCCUCAGGCCAGCAGCACUGUUUACAGGAGUGUACUUAUCUCCACAAGAAGAAGGCAUCAGUCAGGCGGCAGUGAGGCCAACAGACAGAGCUCUCCCACCACCACCAGCCAAGAGCAGGCGGGUGGAGACCACAGCCCUGUGGCCAUGCGCUCCAGCAGCACCCUGCCGGCCCCUCAGCCCAGCAGCACACCCUCCACGCCUACCAAAACCCCUUCCUCCUCCUUACCCGGCGACAGCGAGCAGGAGCGGGGAGACCUCAUCCAUUUCUACAACCAGGUCUACAUUAAGCAGAUGCGGCCGUUCGCUCUGCGCUACUCACCGAGUUCGCCCUCCGCUGGCAUGGAGUCUCCUCCUUUGUGUCCGUACCCCAGCCUAAGGAGGGGCUCUCCCCGCCGGGUCCUGUUGUCCAGUAAACACUCCAUCUACAUCUCCCCGCACAAGACUGGGAGCCCAACCACCACCUCUCAGCACCACAAAAUCUUCUACUACAUCUGCAGCAGCCCGCCUGAUCGUCUCCAGGAGAUCAACAGCAUGAUCCGCACCGGGGAGACGCCCACCAAGAAGCGCAGCAUGCCCCUUGAGGAGGAGGAGCUCUCGCCCAAGAGGGUGUGUCCAGACAACCACUCCGCCCUGCUGCGAAGGCUGCAGGAUGUGGCCAACGACCGUAGCUCCUCCCAUUAA